AUGGCCGCCUCGGCUGUGGCGCCUCUCCGGCGAAGUGCCAGGAACGUGAAGAACGUACCUGCGGUGGAAUCCAAGGUGGCCUCUGGCGAUGAACAGAUUGCCUCGCGCCCCGUGAAGCGCGGUGCUUCACCAAAGUCACCCGACAGGCCCGGCAUCAAGAAAGUCAAGACAGAGCCCGUGUCUCCUCCGGCCAGGCAUCUCCCCACCCUCGGCGCCCGGAGUCCAGGCGUCAAGACGGAGACGGCCAAGGCGGACAUGCUCAAGGAGCGCAAACUCAAGUCCUUCUCCGCCUUUUCGAAGCAGUCCCCCUACCCAGACUUUGCACGCCCGACCGCAGAGGAGUGCAGGGCCGCUCACAAGGUCCUGGCCAGACUGCACGGCGAGCGCCUUCGCCCGGUGGAGGUCGUGGCGCCCGUCAACGCCGCCGGCUGCGGAGACUCGCCCUCGGUCCUGGACGCCCUGGUGCGCACGAUACUGUCACAGAACACGAGCAACAAGAACAGCACCCGCGCCAAGCUGUCCAUGGACGAGGAAUACGGAGGCAGCGACAAGUGGGAAGAAAUUGCCAACGGCGGCCAGGCGAGGCUAGAGAUGUCGAUCCAAACCGGCGGCCUGGCCGCCACCAAGAGCAAGGUCAUCAUCAGCAUUCUGCAGCAGACGAGGGAGAAGUACGGCGUCUACUCGCUCGACCACUUGUUCGAGGCCUCGGACGAGGAUGCCAUGAGGGAGAUGAUCUCCUUCCAGGGGGUGGGACCCAAGACGGCGAGCUGCGUGUUGCUGUUCUGCCUGCAACGCCCGAGCUUCGCAGUCGAUACCCACGUCCACCGCAUCGCCGGCCUGCUUGGUUGGCGGCCGGCCGCUGCGGGCAGAGAAGAAACGCAGGCCCAUCUGGAUGCGGUCGUCCCCGAUGAAGAAAAGUACCCGUUGCACGUGCUCUUCGUCACGCACGGCCGACAAUGCGGCGAGUGUAGGGCCAGUGGUAGGAAUGCCAAAAACUGCGAGCUGCGGCGGCUUUUUAGAAAUGGUCGCUUUACCCCUGACGGCCAUGGCACCAAGGACGAGCACGACGACGAUGUCAAGAAAGAGGAGGAUUAG